AUGCACCUCACCUCAAUCAUAAUAGCUACCAGCCUAAUCAUCAUUUUUUUACUACUCGCAUUUCCCGUCCUUACCUCCUUCUCCCCCCACCCUCUUCCCUCUAACUGGGCACUCACACAGGUCAAGACAGCAGUAAAAUGAGCCUUCUUUAUCAGCAUUCUUCCUCUUUGCCUCUUCCUCAACGAAGGCGCAGAAACAAUUAUCACCAGUUGAACUUGAAUAAAUACCCACACCUUUGAUGUAAAUAUCAGCCUCAAAUUUGAUAUUUACUCAAUUAUCUUCACCCCCGUCGCCCUCUAUGUCACCUGGUCCAUCCUAGAGUUUGCCUCCUGGUAUAUGCAUGCCGACCCAAACAUAAAUCGCUUUUUUAAAUACCUCCUAAUUUUCCUCAUCGCUAUAAUUACCCUCGUUACCGCAAAUAAUAUAUUUCAGCUAUUCAUCGGAUGAGAGGGUGUUGGAAUUAUGUCUUUUCUUCUCAUCGGCUGAUGAUACGGCCGUGCAGAUGCAAACACCGCCGCCCUCCAAGCAGUAAUCUACAACCGAGUAGGAGACAUCGGCCUAAUUUUUGCUAUAGCUUGAAUCGCAACUUCCCUCAACUCUUGAGAAAUACAACAAAUAUUUACUUUAUCUAAAGAUUUUGAUUUAACUUACCCCCUUGUUGGCCUCAUCCUUGCUGCCACUGGUAAGUCCGCGCAAUUCGGCCUCCAUCCCUGGCUCCCUUCUGCCAUAGAAGGUCCUACACCGGUCUCUGCCCUACUGCAUUCAAGUACCAUAGUAGUAGCAGGCAUCUUCCUCCUUAUCCGUAUGAGCCCUAUGCUAGAAAACAACCACACCGCCCUGACUAUCUGCCUCUGCUUAGGAGCCCUCACCACCCUUUUUACCGCAACCUGUGCCCUCACCCAAAAUGACAUCAAAAAAAUCGUUGCCUUCUCAACAUCAAGUCAAUUGGGCCUAAUAAUAGUAACAAUUGGACUCAACCAACCACAACUUGCCUUCCUCCACAUCUGUACCCACGCAUUCUUUAAAGCCAUGCUUUUCCUCUGCUCAGGGUCCAUUAUCCACAGCCUAAACGACGAACAAGACAUCCGAAAAAUAGGAGGCAUACAUCACCUAACCCCCUUCACUUCCUCCUGCUUAACUAUCGGAAGCUUAGCUCUCACAGGAACUCCCUUCUUAGCAGGAUUCUUCUCUAAAGAUGCCAUUAUUGAAGCCCUAAACACAUCUUACCUAAACGCCUGAGCCCUUUUCCUCACCCUCCUAGCCACUUCUUUCGCCGCUGUCUACAGCCUCCGAGUAAUUUUCUUUGUCUCAAUAGGCCACCCCCGCUUCAACCCGCUUUCCCCCAUCAACGAAAACAACCCAACAGUUAUUAAUCCCAUCAAACGAUUAGCCUGAGGAAGCAUUAUCGCCGGCCUCCUAAUCACCUCCAACAUCACACCCCUAAAAACACCAGUUAUAUCCAUACCUCUUCUUCUCAAAACUGCCGCCCUAGCGGUAACUAUUAUCGGCCUUCUCACCGCACUAGAACUCGCCUCACUAACCAAUAAACAAUACAAGCCAACCCCAAAACUUUCUCCCCACCAUUUCUCUAACAUAUUAGGAUUCUUCCCAAUAGUUGUCCAUCGCCUUGCUCCCAAACUUAACCUAGUUUUAGGACAAACCAUUGCCUCCCAAACAGUCGACCAAACUUGGUUAGAAAAAGUCGGUCCAAAAGCAACUGCCACCCUCAACCUCCCCCUAAUUACAACAACCAACAAUAUUCAACAAGGUAUAAUCAAAACCUACCUCUCACUCUUCUUCUUCACCUUCAGCCUAGCUCUCCUACUACUACUUUAUUAA